AUCACUUAAUCACCUAUCCGUCUCCUCGUUUUUUGCUCAACUCCACAGAAGAAGUUUUAAUUCCAAACUUCAACACGAGCCUCAAAUCUUGUCUCAACGUCCAUCCUGUUUUUCAUUAAAUAUGCCAUGCCGCCCUUGUCUGCGCAAUGGCUAUCUUCAAAGGCAUCUAUAUGUCGUUUGCUAGUGAAGGGUUAUCAUCGGACAAAAGUUUCGCCUCUAAUCAGAACUUACGCCUCCGACGCCACUCGCACAUUACAGAAAAUAAGUCUCCGUGACUAUCAAGAAGAAUGUAUUCAAUCCGUCUUGGCUUCUGUAAAUAAUGGCCACAAAAGAUUGGGAAUAUCGCUAGCUACGGGUGCUGGGAAGACUAUCAUCUUCACCCAAUUGAUUGACCGGAUCAAGCCUGAUUCGGAUGAAGCUAACCAGACUUUGAUUCUAGCUCAUAGGAGAGAACUCGUGGAACAAGCAGCAAGGCACUGUGCCAAUGCGUACCCACUCAAGAAGGUUGAAAUUGAGAUGGGAAAUAUGCAUGCCUCGGGAUCUGCAGACAUCACAAUUGCCAGUAUUCAGAGUAUCAAUUCCGGAGAACGCAUUGAGAAGUUCAAUCCUGACCGAUUUAAGCUUGUGCUUGUUGACGAAGCUCACCAUAUAGUUGCUCCUCAGUACUUGAGAACUUUAGAGCACUUCAGUCUAGAUACAAAACAGGAGGACUCCCCUAUACUCGUUGGCGUUUCUGCGACCUUCUCUCGAACCGACGGGUUACGGCUGGGCGCUGCAAUCGACGAGAUAGUGUAUCACAAGGACUAUGUCGACAUGAUAGGAGACAAGUGGUUGUCGGACGUCAUCUUCACCACCGUCGAGACGAAAGCCGAUAUCUCGAAAGUUGGCAGCGCUGCCAAUGGUGAUUUUCACACCCGUGAAUUAUCUAGGGUUGUGAAUACCAAACAAGUUAAUGAAGUAACCGUCCGUAGCUGGCUCGCAAAAGCUUCGGGUAGAAAAUCUACCUUGGUUUUCUGUGUGGACCUCUCCCACAUCGAUGGAUUGACUGAGACCUUUCAUCGGUUUGGUGUCGAUGCCAGAUUUGUGACCGGCGAGACGCCGAAUGUUGAGAGGAGUAAACUCAUUGACGCCUUCAAAAACCGAGAAUUUCCGGUAUUAGUUAACUGUGGCGUUUUUACCGAAGGAACGGACAUCCCCAACAUCGAUUGUAUUAUUUUGGCACGGCCCACUCGUUCGCGCAAUUUAUUAGUACAGAUGAUAGGAAGGGGUAUGCGACUUCAUCCAGAUAAGACCGAUUGCCAUAUCAUCGACAUGGUAGCCAGUCUCUCUACCGGCAUAGUAACAACUCCUACGUUGUUCGGCCUUGACCCGUCCGAGCUACUCGAGAAAGCAUCCGUAUCAGAUAUGCAGCGUUUAAAAAGCACGAGAGAAACUGGCGAGAGCCAACCAGCCCGAAAAGUGACAUUCGUCGACUAUGACUCGGUUUUCGACUUGAUAGCAGACACAUCUGGAGAGAGGCAUAUCCGAUCGAUUAGCCAGCAUGCGUGGGUACAAGUUGGUCCGACCAAGUGGAUUCUGUCAGGGCCGUCUGGGACUUUUAUUCGACUAGAAAGGGAAUCAACGGAAUUAGACACGCAUAAAUUCGUUGCUUGGGAGACCCGGGCUCUUCCCAAGGAUUUAUCAAAGUCACCGUUUGCUAAACCUCGAAAGCUACUCCAAGCACACACCUUGAUUGAUGCUGUACAUGGGAGCGACAAGUAUGCAUCAGAACACUAUCCCCAUUACCUUAUCUCAAGGUACCAAAACUGGCGAAACGGGCCACCUACAGAUAAUCAACUGGAAUUUCUAAAUAAGAUGCGAGGGGAAGGGGACAAACUAAAACCGGAGGAUAUUACAAAAGGAAAAGCUGCAGAUAUGAUAACGAAAUUGCGACACGGCGCUCGAGGACGCUUUGCUACCCUUGAUGCGGAUCGAAAGCGAAAGGAACGAAAGCAGAUUAUGGCACAGGAGAAGGAGAAAGUCAUACAAGAACGAGAAAAAGUAGUUGUUGGACCUUUAUUAGCGUGAUGUUUUUCACAGGGUCACAAGGUCAUAGGUUCACACACGCAAACUGACGAAAUCGCCCUUAUUUUAUGUCAACCUAAUAACAAGAGCUUGGGGCGGCCUAAUAGGCGGCUUGAUAUCAACUUGGAAUGAAUGCGUGUGCGGCCAAUUUUUAGGCACUUGCCAACAUUACAGGACAAUUUCAUCCAGUUUGCAGCUGUAAACUGUAAACUAUCCACACAGUUCUUGUCAUUCCCUCAUUCCCUUAUGCACUUUCAUUUCGUCUCGUUCCAUUUCGUACUACACCUUUAAAAAAUAAUCCCCAAACUUUCACGGAUAUGCUAAGUUGAGUUUCCAUAUUC